UGCCUGUUUGGUCCCCGUACGGUAGCUCUUUCAUGAAUCGAUCUAUUGGUUUUGCAACAACGCUUCACCGACCUACGAAGAAAAAAGAAACACCCGAAAAUCCACACUAAGUAUAAAGAGCAUAACGAUGGCCACUUGUGUUUGCGUUUUCUAUCCCGAAGGAAGCUCCGGUGUUUCCGGUUCUCUAACCAUGUCCCAGACUCAAGAAGACGGUCCCACCGUUGUCGAGGGAACUAUUCGUGGACUUACGCCGGGYCAGAGGCACGGAAUUUCCGUCUGUACCUAUGGAGAUGUCCGAGAUGGAUCAUCUUCGACUGGAAAUAUCUUCAAUCCGUUUGGUAAGUUGGAUAGGUCUGAAAUAGGGAGCAUCUGUUCUAGGAGUCCGGAAUUUCUCCUCAAGCAUCGUAUUGUACUGUCGGGCCCAAUGCAAACGUUGCAUUGUCUUUCMUCAGCAAGCAAGAAAUAUCGAUUAGAGGUUCCCUAACCCAUCAUAUCUCUUUUCUUCUAUACGCAUUACUCGUUGGUGCUGCCUUCAUUUGAUCUGAUGGGUACGUUCGCUUUGUUMCACAACGGCGACAACACAAACAGGCAAGACACACGGGGCUCCCUCGGACGAUGCUGCUUUGAAAAUGGAGGGCGACCUCGGCAAUCUUACUGCCGAUGAKUCCGGUGUGGCGACUAUCAAAAUGGACGAUUCGAAGAUCAAAAUUUUCGGACCCCACUCGGUUAUUGGACGAUCCAUGGUCAUUUGCGCCGGUGCCGACGACGAAGGCCGAGGAGGACAGGAAAAUUCGAUCUCUACGGGGAACGCAGGACCUCGAAUUGCUUUCGGCGUUAUAGGCUUGGCUAAUCCGUCACCGGCGUAAACGAUAAAUAUAUCUAUUGAGAUAACAAUAAUCGGAUAGAYKGCGAUUUGGUUUCUUGUCGUACUAUAAUACCCGGACGAGUGUUUUGUUCCAAGUUUUAUCCUCUCGUGUUUGCAAAGAAUGUGCAUAGUCUAGAUAUGUAUACCUCAACCUGAGAGAAAUACGAGUUGWGGCUCGAUCAGAAAGAGACUAUCGAGGACAUAAAUUAAAAACGAGGGCCGAUUGCGGAUGCAUCGGAARGCCUUUUCCAACAGAUUAUUGUGACUAACUAGACUAGUAGCACUAAAUUAAAUAAUACGUGCUAUUUAGUUCUUGUAUUUGUCUUCAGAGUCGAUUCGAUUCUACUCUAAGACCUUUGUAAUUACACCGGUACCAACAGUCAUUCCACCCUCUCUCAUGUUGAAACGCACACCGGGUUCCAUGGCAAUAGGGGUGAUCAACUCAACAGUUACAGUWGUGUUGUCUCCCGGCAUGACCAUUUCGGUUCCCUCUUGCAGGUGCAAAGCCCCGGUGACAUCGGCUGUUCGGAGGAAAAACUGWGGACGGUAGUUCGUCAUGAAAGGUUUGUGACGUCCACCUUCUUCCUUGGUCAAGGCAUAAAUCUCGGCCUGGAACUUAGUGGCAGUCUUGAUACUGCCUGGCUUGACAAGAACUUGUCCCCUGCGAACCUCCUCUCUCUUCAAACCACGCAAGAGGGCACCRAUAUUGUCACCCGCCAUACCUUGGUCUAGCAACUUACGGAACAUUUCAACUCCGGUACAGGUAGUCUUUUGGUCCUGGUCGAAUCCGAUCACCUCAAGGUCAUCUCCGACGUUCACAAUACCUUGUUCGACUCGUCCUGUCACAACGGUUCCACGACCGGCAAUCGAAAAGGUAUCCUCGAUACUCAUCAAGAAAUCCUUGUCGAGAACACGUUCUGGUUCGGGGAUGUUCUCGUCCACGGUGUCCAUCAAUUCGAGAACUCGAUCGCGGCCCAUUUCGGGGUUYUUUCCCUCCGCAGCGGCCAGGGCAGAUCCCCGAACGAUUGGAAUUUCAUCUCCGUCGUAACCGUACUCGCUCAACAAUUCGCGAAUUUCCAUUUCGACGAGUUCAAGCAACUCUUCGUCGUCGACAAGAUCGCAUUUGUUCAUAAAAACGACUAGAUUGG